UUUGCCGUUCCCUGUGGAUGUUGAGGAUGAAGCCGGAGGUGGAGGUGAUGCAGCAGGACCCUCAGCGCCUCCGUCCCGUCCAGGAAAAGGCUUGAGUCGCCAACAAACACAAGGCCUGGAGAUGGUCAAACACAUCAUGAGCAGCCUGGAGGACGAGGACGUCCUGGAGGAGGUCUACACAUUCAGUGACGCUCUGGAGAAACUCUCCAUCUUCAAGCGUAUUGAAAGGAGGCCGAUGGCAUGGCCGUGUCAGCUCACCAUCGGCAGCUCUCUGUCUAUUCGCAUUGUUGGAUAUAAAGCUGUGACAGAGGAAAAGGUGAAGAAGUCCUGGACAAUUGUGGACGCUCAGAGUCACCAGAGAGAUGACGUGAAGAGAGAGACAGUUUACUGUCUGAACGAUGAUGAUGAAACUGAGGUGCAGAAAGACGACACAAUACAAGGUUACCGUUAUGGAAGUGACAUUGUGCCGUUUUCAAAGGUAGACGAGGAGCAGAUGAAAUAUAAGCAUGAUGGGAAGUGUUUCUCUGUGCUUGGCUUCACUAAACAGGAGCUGGUAAGAUAUCGUUCAGCAGAUGGUGCUAUUUUCACAUCCACGUUCAGGACAAAUUCUUCAGUGUCAGCGAUUUUUACAAAUUCUGCUCUGUAGGUUUUAUUAAAUGGG